CCGCCCCUAGACCCUCGUUACUUUACUGCUCAACCCCUCUUUUUCACUCCCUCUCUAUCUACCACUUUUCAUUUUCCCAAAAGAGUAACUGAUCGUUAGUGCAACAGCUAACUACCAUCAUGACGCAUUAUAUCGCACUCAACACUGGAGCCAAGAUGCCCAUCGUCGGUUUGGGCACGUGGAGGGCUGCCACUGGACAAGUAGCGGAGGCGGUGAAGGUGGCCAUCUCUGCAGGGUACAGGCACGUCGACGGGGCCUUCGUCUACCAGAACGAGGACGAGGUGGGAGAAGGAAUCCACGCCAUGAUUGACCAGGGGAUCGUGAAGAGAGAGGAGCUAUUCAUCGUCAGUAAGCUGUGGUGCACCUUCCAUGAGAAGUCUCUGGUUAAGGGAGCCUGUCAGAAAACUCUCAGUGAUCUCAGACUGGACAACCUGGAUCUGUACCUGAUGCACUUCCCAAUGGGCUUCCAGCCUGGUGACAAUAUCUUCCCCGUCGACAAAGAGGAAAAAGUAAUCCCAGAUCAUAGUAAUUUCCUGGACACUUGGGAGGCCAUGGAGGAGCUGGUGGAUGCGGGUCUGGUCAAGGCCAUUGGCAUCUCAAACUUUAACAAGGAUCAGAUUGAAGCCCUCUUGAACAAGCCAGGCCUCAAGUACAAACCUGCCACCAACCAGAUUGAGUGCCACCCCUACCUGACCCAGGAGAAGCUGAUCAGCUACUGUCACUCUAAGAACAUCUCUGUGACGGCCUACAGUCCUCUGGGCUCCCCAGACAGACCCUGGGCGAAACCGGACGAGCCUAGUCUUCUUGAGGACCCAAAGAUCAAGGCCAUCGCUGGGAGGCACAACAAGAGCACAGCUCAGGUUUUAAUCCGGUUCCACAUACAGAGGAAUGUCAUAGUUAUUCCUAAAUCUUCUAAUCCCGACCGGAUUAAGCAGAAUUUCCAGGUGUUUGACUUUGAACUGAGCGAGCAAGACAUGAAGACCAUCCUAAGCUUCAACAAGAACUGGAGAGGAUUUGCCAUGGAGUGGGGUUCCAAACACAAAGACUACCCUUUGAAUGCAGAGUACUAAGCGCUCCGAGUGUGUGUGUGUGGAAUGAAAGGAUACAUUACAGAUAAGAAGCCAACCAUCCAGUUAACCCUGCCUUUCCCCGCUUGUACUUCAUCAGGUUAUUCUGUGCCGAUUUAACUGUUGUGAAUGUUUAAUAAUUGUUUUGCUUAGAAAUAAAUUCACCAUGUAAUGUGGCAUGCCUUUAGUUUUUUUGUACCAACUCCAAAUGUUCCCUUACUCUUCCUAAUUUACAUAAAAUUAAAUCUGGUUAUAAAUAUUAGUUGGCAACACUUGCCUCACUUUUUAGCAUUUAUGUGUUAUGUACAGUACGAUUAUUUUCUUAUCUCAAUAAAAAUGUCUAUGGUACCAUG